GACCUUGUUCUCUCUCAUUAGGGAUCCAAGACAGAGAGAGAAACAGAGAGGACGAGGAGAGCAAGAGGAGACCUCAUCCCCGUCUGCCUGGGAUUACUUCUUCCUGAACACACUGGUGUGGACAAAGCAGAAGCAGAAAGCACACACUCUUGAGUUCAGCUCUCUACCUCGUGGCCAGGCUUGCUUUUUUUCCUCUUCACUGCAUUGGGAACUACAGUACUUGCUGUGUAAUGGGGCUGGCCAGCAGAGCCGUGGGGAUGCUGGGGAUAUCGAGAGGGGUACCGUUCCCCUCUCUCUGGAGGACAGCGCUGCUCUUUCUCUCCAUCUGGGAACUGGAUGCACAAACCGCAGUGGAAACUAAACCCCUAUACAUCUGGCAAACAGGUCCAUGGGGUCGUUGUAUGGGCAGUGAAUGUGGACCUGGUGGCAGCCAGAGCAGGGCAGUAUGGUGUGCCCACUCUGAAGGCUGGACCACCCUGCACACCAACUGCGACCAGACAGAACGGCCGGACAACCAGCAGAGCUGCUUCAGAGUGUGCGAUUGGCACAAAGAUUUAUAUGACUGGCAACUGGGUGCCUGGAACCAGUGUGUCCCAGUGUCGAUGCGCGGGGUGCAGCGUCCCGCUGUAUGUACCCGAGGAGAGGAGGGCAUCCAGACCCGUGACGUGGGCUGCGUCCAGAAAGCGAAUGGUGAGCCCGCAGAGGAUGCAAUCUGCGAAUACUUUGAGCCUAAACCACGGCUAGAGCAGGCCUGUCUUAUCCCUUGUCCUCGGGACUGUGUGGUGUCUGAGUUCAGCCCAUGGACUUCCUGUUCUAAAACCUGCGGGAUGGGCUUACAGAACCGGAUCCGUUUCGUUCUGGCUCCUCCACUGUUUGGUGGGGCAGCGUGCCCAAACCUGACUGAGUUUCAGACAUGCCAACCAGGGCCCUGUGAGGGAGAGCAGAGCCUCUACAGCCUAAGGGUGGGACCCUGGGGACCCUGUUCUGUCCCGAUGCCAAGGCAAGCUAGACAUGCUAACAAACCAUCCAAGGAAAGUGAAAAACCUUCCAAAGAGGGUGACAGACAGUCCAGAAAGGGCGAAGAACCAUCAAAAGGUGGUGACAAACAAUCCAUAGAGGGUCUAAAGCUGUCUAGUGAAGGCGACAAACAGUCAAAAGGUGGGGACAAACAGACCAGGGAGGGUGAAAAACAGCACAAAGAGGGAGACAAAGGGUCCAAAAAGGGUGACAAACAGUCUAAAGAUGGUGACAAACCAUCACGACCCAACAGAAAAUUGGGCAGGGCAAACAGGAAACCAGACAGGCCAUCUCGACAGGCAGAUAGGCCAAAACGACAGAAAAAGACUAAAAACAAAGAGAAAAUGAGAGAGAAAGUCCGGGAGAGGUUAAGGGAGAGAGGCAAGGUGAAGGAUCCAGAAACCAGAGAACUCAUCAAGAAAAAGAGGAACAGGAACCGUCAGAACCGCCCAGGAGGAAAAUUCUGGGACCUGCAGAUCGGCUACCAGACCAGAGAAGUGACCUGUGUGCAUAAGAGUGGGACUGUUGAAGCUCUCAGCCUAUGCUCUCAAGAGACAUUGCCGGUGACUUUCCAAGCCUGCGUCAUGACCAAAGACUGCGAUGUGACUGAAUGGUCUGAAUGGUCGGCUUGCUCCAAGGAGUGCUACGACCCCAACGGGCCCAAAGGGGAGCGCACUCGCACCAGAAAAGUGAGCCAGUUCCCAAUCAACGGAGGAGCAGACUGUCCAGAACUGGAGGAAAAGGAGCCCUGCAGCCCCCAGAGAGACAGAGUGCCAACCUGCAUCGUUUACAGCUGGAAGACCACGGAGUGGACAGAGUGCAGGGUGGACGUGCUGCUGAGCCAACAGGACCGUCGGCGUGGAAACCAAACUGGGUUAUGUGGAGGCGGGAUUCAGACCCGAGAGGUCUACUGUGUCCAGACCAGCGCUGAUACCCCACCCAACCUCAGCUCGCUCAGGAGCAAAGAAGCGCUGCGACCAAUGGACAAUGAUCUGUGUCUGGGUAUCCCCCUGAACACCACCCAGCUCUGCCACAUCAGCUGUCCUGUUGAGUGUGAGGUGUCCUUGUGGAGCGCCUGGGGACCCUGCACCUUUGAAAACUGCCAGGACCAGGCCGCCAAAAAAGGCUUCAAACUGAGGAAGAGGAAGAUCGUCAAUGAGCCGACGGGCGGGACGGGGAACUGCCCCCACCUGGUGGAGGCAAUACCGUGUGAAGACCCCAGCUGCUACGACUGGUUGGUGGUUAAACUGGAUGAGUGCAUCCCUGACAAUGAGAAAGAUUGUGGACCAGGAACCCAGAUCCCACAAGUGCAGUGUGUCAACAGUGAUGGUGAAUAUGUGGAGAGGCAGCUUUGCCGUGAUGCCAUCCUGCCCAUGCCAGCCAUCUGCGAGGUGCCUUGCCCAAAGGAUUGUGCCCUGAGCCCCUGGACGCCUUGGUCUCUGUGCUCCCACACCUGCUCUGGAAAAAACACGGAGGGCAAGCAGACCAGAGCUCGCUCCAUCCUCGCCUAUAACGCAGGAGAAGGCGGAAUCCAGUGUCCCAACAGUAGUGCCUUGCAGGAAGUGAGAAACUGCAAUGACCAUCCCUGCACUGUGUACCACUGGCAAACCGGCUCAUGGGGGCAGUGCAUAGAGGACUCCUCCAUCCUGUCCACCAACACAUCUGUGGGGCGAACACGGAGCGAUGACGCUUCCUGCUCAGUGGGGAUGCAAACCCGCAAGGUUAUCUGUGUCCGGGUCAAUGUGGGCCAGGUUCCUCCGAAAAAAUGUCCGGAGAGUCUGCGCCCAGACACCGUCAGGCCCUGCUUACUGCCGUGCAAGAGAGACUGUAUCGUUACCCCGUACAGCGACUGGAGCCCCUGCCCAUCAACAUGUCAAGCAGGUGGUAACACCAAGAAGAAGCAGUACAGGAAGCGUAUUAUCAUACAGUCACCAGCCAAUGGAGGACAAGACUGUCCUGAAGUGCUUGCCCAGGAGAGAGAGUGUGACGCGCCAUCUGUCUGUCAAGGAUACAGAUGGAAAACCCACAAGUGGCGGCGAUGCCAGCUGGUUCCAUGGUCAGUUCGUCAGGACAGUCCCGGAGCUCAGGAAAUCUGUGGGCCGGGCCUGCAGGUUCGGGCUGUUUCGUGCCGGAAGCAGGAUGGUGGCCAGGCAGACGUCGAAGCUUGUCUUAAGUUAGCCAGCUCCAUGCCACCUCUCACACAGCCCUGCCAGCUGCCCUGCCAGGAAGACUGUCAACUCAGCAGCUGGUCCAAGUUUUCCUCCUGCACAGCCGAUUGCGUAGGCGUCAGGACCCGCAAGAGGAUGCUAGUCGGAAAGAGCAAAAAGCGGGACCAGUGUAAAAACCACCAGAUGUAUCCUGUGAGUGAGACCCAGUAUUGCCCAUGCAACAAAUACAAUGCCCAGCCUGUGGGCAACUGGUCGGACUGUGUCCUACCUGAGGGCGGCCGCAUGGAGGGUCAACUGGGCAUGAAGGUCCAAGGUGACAUCAAGGAAUGUGGCCAAGGAUAUCGUUACCAAGCCAUGGUGUGCUACGACCAGGACAAUCGCAUAGUGGAGACCUCUCGCUGUAACAGCCAUGGGUACAUUGAGGAGGCUUGCAUCAUCCCCUGUCCGUCUGACUGCAAACUGAGUGAGUGGUCCAACUGGUCACGCUGCAGCAAGUCCUGUGGCAGUGGGGUCAAAGUCCGCUCCAAGUGGCUCAGAGAAAAGCCUUACAAUGGUGGGAGACCAUGUCCUAAGCUGGACCAUGUCAACCAGGCUCAGGUGUAUGAGGUGGUGCCGUGCCUCAGUGACUGUGGGCAGCACGUCUGGGUGGCAGAGAGCUGGAGUGUGUGGAAGGUCAGCAAUGUGGACCUGAAGGAUAACUGUGGUGAAGGUGUUCAGACCAGGAAAGUCAGAUGUAUGCUGAACACUAUAGAUGGGCCCUCUGAGCAAGUGGAGGACUAUCUGUGUGAUCCAGAGGAAAUGCCUCUGGGGGCCCGCAACAGCCGGCUGCCCUGCCCCGAGGGCUGUGUCUUAUCAGAUUGGGGAGCCUGGAGCCCAUGUCCGCUGCCAUGCAGUGGGAACAGUAGUCGGGAGAGGAGCGCUUACCCGCUGCGCCAGCCUGGAAAGGAGAAGGAGUGUCCCCCGACUAAAGAGACAGAGCCCUGCAAACUCAACAGCAACUGCUUCCACUACUCCUACAACAUCACUGAUUGGAGUACUUGUCAGCUCAGUGACAGAGCAGUGUGUGGAAACGGCAUCAAAACCCGCAUGCUUGACUGUGUGCGCAGCGAUGGCAAAUCUGUUGACCUCAAGUUCUGCAAAGAGCUGGGCCUGGAGAGGAAGUGGCAGAUGAAUGCUUCCUGUGUUGUGGAAUGUCCCGUCAACUGCCAGCUGUCUGACUGGUCACCAUGGUCUGAGUGCACCCACACCUGCGGGCUGGCAGGCAAGCUGUGGAGGAGGCGGACAGUGAUCCAGGCUCCCCAAGGUGACGGGAGGCCAUGUCCGCCCCAGAUGGAGCAGUGGAAGCCGUGCCUGGUGAAGCCAUGCUACAGCUGGAGAUACAGUGCAUGGUCCGAGUGCAAGUCUGAGGGGGCGAGGUGUGGUGAAGGCAUGCGCUUCAGGAAUGUGUCGUGCUUUGUGUCGGACGGUUCAGGCCAGCAGGACAGCAACCUGGUGGAUGAUGAGCUGUGUGGAGAUCUGGAACCCUCAGUGGACGGAGAUACGCACAUGGUUCUGCAGGAACCCUGUACUGUGCCCUGUCCAGGAGAGUGCUACCUGACAGACUGGACUGUCUGGAGUCCGUGCCAGCUGAGCUGUGUGAGCGGGGACGACCUGGGUUUUGGCUCAGUCCAGGUCAGAUCCCGAGCCGUGGUGGCCCAGGAUCCGGAGAACCUGCUGCAGUGUCCAGAACAGGAGCUGGAGGCUCGGCCAUGUACAGAGGGCCAGUGUUUUGACUACAAGUGGAGGACUGGACCAUGGAGGGGUUCAUCUCGCAAAGUCUGGUGUCAGCGCUCAGAUGGACUAAAUGUCACAGGCGGAUGCCCAGCGACAGCAAAGCCGAUGGCUGACCGAUCCUGUGACCCGCCCUGCACCAAGCCCCGCUCGCUGUGCACAGAGGCAGGAGUGUGCGGCUGUGAGGAGGGCUACACUGAAGUGAUGACGUCUGACGGCCUGCUGGACCAGUGUACAGUCAUCCCGGUGCUGGAGAUCCCCACUGCAGGUGACAACAGGGCUGAUGUCAAGACCAUCCGAGCCCUCAACCCCACUCAGCCUGCAGCCAGCACACCAGGGAGGGUGGGACGGACCUGGUUCCUGCAGCCCUUUGGCCCGGAUGGGAAGCUGAAGACCUGGGUGUACGGAGUGGCAGCAGGAGCGUUUGUGCUGCUGGUCUUUAUAAUCUCCAUGACAUACUUAGCAUGCAAAAAGCCAAAGAGGCCGCAGCGACGGCAGAUGAACAACAGGCUGAAGCCGCUGACUCUGGCCUAUGAUGGAGACGCCGACAUGUAGAAGUUUUCCUGCUGACCACACUGACCUACAGACAUGCGUCCUAAUUCAGGACACACAGGGUUGCUAUGGAAACCCCUUGAUAUCAGGGUUGCUUCCGGGCAUUGUUCAAACUACAGGUGGACACCCUAGGAAGAUGAUUCUGAUAGAAAGAGGAACCUCAAAGAUCAAGACUGAAUCUCUGUCCAUUAGCAGCCUUGAUGCCCUUGUCCUCUUUUUUAAUUUCCAUUUUGAUACUCUGUUUCACAAGAGCCUUCAUUCUUUCUUAAUCUUCUUCUGGAAGUCUGCCUUUGCUUCUCUGCCAUCUACUACUGCCGGUAACAUCCAAACCACAGUCGUUGGAGAGGGUCGUCCUUUUUGUUCAUUUUGUCACAUCUGAGUGGGAUCAUUUGUUUAGGAUAUUCGUUCUUUGUCCAAUUAAGAAGAUUCUGGCCUGGGUCCAUCAGCAAGAAAAGAUAAAACCAGAGAACAAGAGCAUAAUGAUCCCCAGAGCCACUUCUGCCUGUAUCUCCCUUAUCCAUUUUUUCAGGCAUAAUUGUGCACUAUAUUAGUGCAGCAUGAUAUGUACUUAUGUCUAGCUUUGCCAUAGAAAACUGCCUCUCUCAAUGCAAGAUGGUGUACAGUCUUGUGCUAGAAAUGUAAAAAAGUAGACUUUUUUUGCAAACAGAACUCACCAAUGUUUGUUAAUAUUUUUCUUCUAUUACCUCUUGUGUGUGAUACAAUGGGACUCAAUGUAAAUAGAAUUUUUUUCUGCUUUCUCAAUUUGACCUUUCUAGUAUGUACAGCUUCAUGUCCCAAACUCUCUGAGUUCAUUUAUUCUCUGACAAUUUUUUGACUGUGACUGCUUUAAGAUCAUGAUCUUUUACUUUUGUAAAUUAUACACAUAUACAGUAUACAGUACAUAUACACUACUACCACUGACGCAAGCUGCAGGAGAUACAAACCCCUUCCUUUAUUAAACCCUUUAGCUGCGAUAUGGAAGGAAAAGAAGAGUAUUCAGAUGUAUAAAGGGCUGGGACAUCUGAGCUUGGUUUGUUCAAAUAAAUUCACAGGGCGUCUCCACCCAUUUCUGUAUCUUUCCGAAACCACAAUCCGACCUUCACACCUCCUUCAAAUUGUAGUACAACCCCAUUCAUUUCUUCCAGGAGAGACUGUCUGAAAACGUGUGCUGCUAUCCGCAUAUUUCGCAUCUUAGCCCUCACUAUGACAGUAUGGCAGUUUUGGAAAAGUAAUACACACUUUUUAUCCCCGACGUUGUAGGACAACAAGUCAUAUGGACCAGUUCUCUUCUAGCAUAACACGGCCCCAAGCGUUUAGUGAGUCUGAUGGACUGGAUGAGACUGAGUUCUGUUCCAUAGGCACCUCCAAAUUCUGUAAACAGAGCUUUCUUUUUCUCACAUUUUGAGAACAAAACCGAUGUAUCAUGUCGCCCUUAGUAUACCAACAUUUCCUGGACUGAUCAAUGGAGCAAUUCACUGAUCCGUGUCAACUUGCAAUGUAAGGAAAGACAACACAGUCCCGUCAUGUUCAUCAGGCUUUUGCUGUCAGGGGGUAGCUGUUAAAUCCAUUGCUUGAAGUAGACCAAUGGAAAUAGUGGAAGCCAGAAAUAAAUUCCACUGUUUGUUCUUGUUAGCAGCUUAGACACAUUGUUCAUCACAGAUUGUUCAGAUUUGACUUAACUGAAAUGUCCCACUAUAAACCUGGCUAUCAUGGAACCUGCAUGACUUUACCCUUGGUAUUUACACUCUGUUUGCCUUUGGGGUGAUAAACUUACAGACUUUUCACAAGGAUUGCACAAAUGAACCAUCAAUUUCGAUCUCUGAGACAUCCUUCCACCCUCUACUUUCUUAUAUGGCACAUUGUAUAAAGGGUUUAUAAAUUACAACUAUUGGCUUUAUUAAUAUUGAUAUUUUACUAAUGCUUAAUAGAUACAUUUUGGUGAUGUUUAUCCUUUAUAAGCCAUCAGGUUAUUGGUUACAAAUGUUAGUGAAUCAUUGAUUUAUUGAUUUAUUUUUAAUUUUUUACAAUCCAUCAAGUCAGUUGUUAUAAAUGGAAGUUAUUAAUCUGUUAUUAAUCAUCCAAAAGGUCUGAUUCUUGACUCAUUUUGAAUUUACACUGGUCUUUGUGAGAUGUCCUGUCUCCAUCGCCUCAAAUUCAGUCUAAUGUUGUUUGCUCUGUUACACCUGGAAGGACAUCCUUGAUGGAGGUUCCCCUCCGUUCUCAGCUAUAGAAAAACUGUCUAAAAAAGGAUUUGAUUCCGCCUUGCAGGUUUUAUUCAUCCACAAGUGUUUAAUGACAGCUAAGUCGGUGAUGUAUCCCAGAGAGACCUCACCAAUGGAGAGUUGUUGUGGUCUCCAUGUCUUAAAGAGCAUUUAGCCCUUAAACAACUGUAUCACUCUGGGUGAUUGUUAGUGUUCCAGGAUGGUGUGAAGUUCUUUCCAGAAGCUUUUCUACUGACAAAAAUUCAGUUCAGGAGGAACCAUUGUAUGCAAGUACCUUGAAAACAUACUGUGCUGCCUGAUAAGCUAAAAGUCCAGUCACCCAAAGUGAACAGUGUAUUAUUUAUCAGUAUGAGACAUCAUAUCAUUGCCAGAGAAUGGCAUUUUAAUAUUGUAUGGAGUGUGUUGCUAGUAAGUUAACGGAAUGUUUAAUUUAUAUUUCUUGGAAUAUGAGUUGUAAAUAAACUGCUAAAUAUUGUUUUUGUUUAAUUUAUUGUUCAUGUUCCAUAAUGUGUUUCCUUUUUUACUGCACAAGAUGUUUAGCAAAACGAAAAAAAAAUACUUGAGGCAUGAAUGUGGGUGUGCUGAAAGCGAUAUUGAUAACCUUGUGAAAAACAAAGUCGCUGAUGAACGCUGUCCUUUUCCUACUGUUUGUUUAUAUGUAUUUGACUAAUUGCUGAUAAUAAACAAGGGAAAUAUUUAA